CUCUUCCAACACAUCACUCUUCAACAUGGCGGCGUCAGCUAAGAAGAAUAAGAAGAAGGGCAAGACCCUCACCCUUAAUGACUUCCUUGCGGAUGAUAAGGGUGGCAGUGCACCCCCCAGUUACCCCAGCACAAAGACCACCAGCUGGGCAGAUGAGACUGAUGACUUGGAUGGAGAUGUCUCGACCUCCUGGCAUACUGAGGAGGAUUCAUAUCGAGCGCCUCCAAUUGAUCGCUCCAUCUUGCCAACGGCUCCUCGUGCAGCACGGGAACCAAACAUCGACCGCUCUCGGCUGCCACGUGGCCCGCCCUACACAGCCUUCCUGGGUAAUUUACCCUAUGAUGUCAGUGAGGAAUCCAUUAAAGACUUCUUCAGGGGGCUAGCGAUCAGCGCUGUGCGUUUGCCAAGGGAAGCUAGUAACCCAGAGAGGCUCAAGGGGUUUGGUUAUGCUGAAUUUGAUGAUGUGGAAUCGAUCUUGCGUGCGCUCAGUCUUAAUGAAGAGAACCUUGGAAACAGGCGGAUCCGGGUGGAUAUUGCAGAUCAAUCCAAUGACAAAGAGAGAGAUAGUGGUUCAAUGAUGGGACGGGACAGGGAUCGUGGUCGUGUGAUGGACAGCGGCCCUGAUAAGACCGAUUCUGACUGGAGGGCACGACCGAGCGUGGAGCAGGAUGAUGGACCUCGCAAAGAUGACAGUUAUGGAGACCGGUCUCGAGAUCGCUAUGAGUCGGAUCGAUUCAGAGACGCUCCAAGGCGAGAUGAUCGCUAUGACAGUGGUCGAGAUCGCUAUGGUGGUAGAGAGUCCUAUGACGACAGGGACCGUAGAGAUCGCUAUGAUGACAGAGAUAGGAGGGAUCGAUAUGACGACAGGGGUAGCAGAGACUACGAUCGUGGAGGUCAUGACUCACGUGGUGGAGGCCAGUGGAGGAGCAGUGGCUUCAAACGAGAUGAUGACCGAAGGGAUGGAGAUCAAGAAGAGAGAGCCCCUCUUCAGAGACCCAAGCUAAACCUGAAGCCACGCAGCAUCCCAAAAGAGGAGGAACAGAGUGGAAGCUUGCCCCCCCAGAGCAGCACCACAAGUUCCGGCAGGGCCUCCUCUAUAUUCGGGGCAGCCAAACCUGUGGACACAGCCGCCAAGGAGCGGGAAGUGGAGGAGAGGCUGAAGAAAGAACAGGAACGACUCCAGAAGCAGUUGGAGGAAGAUAAGAACAAGGCCUCAGAGAGGAGGCCGAGGGACCGAGACCCAAGUUGGAGGAGUGAGGGGCUGUCUAAGGAGCGUGAGCACACAGGAAGUGAAUCAUCCCGUGCUAAAGGAUCGAGAUCUAGAGAUGGUAAUCAUUCUGAGAAUGAAAUCUUAAGUGGUCAAGAGGAUGAGCCCAUAUCUCCUGCAUCUCCAUCACCUUCUUCCAAUCAGGGAGUACUCCCACUAAAAGUAAUGCCAGCCCCUCCGCCUAAAGAAAAUGCCUGGGCUAAACGCAGUACAGGGGGCGGUGCUAAUGACGGGGAAGUGCCACCCCAAGUGUCUCCAACCAGCAGAAGUGAUCCCACACACAGCAGAUCAACAGAAGAGAGAGUAUCAGGCAAAGAUGAAAACUGGGUUGAUGGGGUUCAAAGGGAGAAAAGGGUACCUCAGGGAAGAGGAGGUGGAGUUGGGAGAGGAGGGGGGCGGGGUCGAGGAAUUGACGCCCCAAAUAGGGAGAAACGGAGAGAACUGGCAGAUGGGAAAGAGGUUAGGGGAGAGGGAGAGCCCAGAAUAGCGUCAGAACCAAAGAAAAAUGCAGAGACUGCUCCUCCUCAAUUCAGUUCAGCCAGUAAGUAUGCUGCCCUACUGAUGGAUGGAUACCAGGGAGAUGACAACAACCAAGAAGAAUGAAGCUUACGAGAAUCGGCUAAAUACAUUAAAACAAAACAUGAUCAAGGGUUUCAAUUAGGAAAAAAAUAAGCCGUUUUGUGGUGGGAGAAUGGCAUGGGUUAAGGGGGAGGAAUUAUGGCUAUGGUAUCCACAAUGUUGGCAUGUCAUGUUUAUGAAUUUAUGAUAUUCCCAAAACAGGGCUGUUUUAAAAAGUAAAAAUCAGUGCAGUGAGUAGAUAAACGAUGUCACAUGUAGACAUUUGAAAAAAUUAAUUUGAACGCCAUUGUUAUAAAUAAAAAGUAUGUAAGAUACUGUAACUUGUC